GUGAGGCCCUGCUGUUUGUUCAGCCAGAGAGGCAGAGAAGAAAAAUGGCGGCCCUAGGCGAACCUGAACGGGACGCCGGGCUAACGUUUUGAGCUUUCACAUUCGAAGGGACACGGGGGGGGGGCUUCGAGGUGUUGUGCCGUUUCUGGGGUCCGCGCUCGUUCGGCUCCGUAGGGGCACCGUUUUCGCUCGCAUUCGCGUAUGCCAUUUGCACGCAAACCUUGGCAUUCUAAAAUAAUAGAUUUCGCCUAUCAUGAGAGGGAAAAGGGGCAGGCCGCCCAAACCGCUACAAACCGACGAGGCAUCCCCAGCUGCAACCCGGGGUCUGCGACCCAGGAGGAACCUGAAGCCCAGGUUUAGAGAUAGCGGGGAUGAGGACGCCGAAAGCCCGACGAGGGAGCCCCCCAAAACGGCCAGAAAGAGGAAGGCAACGUCAACACGGGGCAGGGGACGAGGCAGAGGUGGCGGUGGAGGAAGAGGAGGCAGAGGUGGUCGCGGUGGAAGACGGACUGCUGUGUCCAAAACAGUGGUGUACGACGACCACGAGAGUGACGAGGAGGACGAUGCUGUGAGUUUACGGUCGGAGGAGGACGAGUUUGUUGAAGAGGCACCUCAGUCCGAGGAAGACGAGGCCCUCAAUGAGGAGUCUGACUGCCUGGAAGAUGAUGUGCUGGACGAGGAAGAGGAUGGUGCCAGCUUCUGCACAGAGAGUAGCUUUCGGAGCCAGAGCACUCACGCCAGCACUCCCGGAAAGAAGAAGUUACGGGCUCCCCGUCCUCGCACUCCAGUUCUGGAAGACAAGGAAAUCCCUCUUCUUGAGCUUCCGGAGACCUCUGAGGAUCUCUUGGUGCCCAGUGUGGAGCUGCUCAACAUCAGCUCCAUCUAUGAGGUGCUGCGGAACUUCAGCUCGGUCCUGCGUCUCUCCCCGUUCCGCUUUGAGGACUUCUGCGCCGCCUUGGUCGGCCAGGAGCAAUGCACGUUGAUAGCGGAGAUGCACAUCUCCCUGCUGAAGGCCAUCCUACGCGAGGAAGACUCCUCCAACACUACUUUUGGUCCCGCUGACCUGAAGGACAGCGUCAACUCUACUCUGUACUUUAUCGACGGCAUGACCUGGCCCGAGGUUUUGCGGGCGUACUGUGAAAGCGACAAAGAGUUCCACCAUGUUCUGCCGUACUUGGAGACAGAUGAAUAUCCGUGCGGUUCUCUCGAAAGCAAGGUUAAGGUGCUACAGUUCUUAGUAGACCAGUUCCUCACCACUAACAUUGCCCGCGAGGAGCUCAUGUCCGACGGCAGCAUGCAGUACGACGACCACUGCCGCGUGUGCCACCGUCUGGGAGACUUGCUGUGUUGCGAGACGUGUUCUGCCGUCUACCACCUGGAGUGUGUUAAACCGCCGCUGGAAGAGGUUCCAGAAGAUGAAUGGCAGUGUGAGGUUUGCGUGGCGCACAAGGUGUCUGGAGUCACGGACUGUGUGACCGAGGCACAGAAAAACAGGCCCUACAUCCGCCAGGAACCCAUCGGAUACGAUCGCCACCAGAGGAAAUACUGGUUCCUAAAUCGAAGGAUUGUUAUUGAAGAAGAUGGGGAGUGCGAGAAGAAAAAUAUCUGGUACUACAGCAGCAAGGCACAGCUGGAGGAGCUCGUCGAGGGUCUGGACAAGGAGUACUGGGAGACGGACCUCCACGCCACCCUGGAGGAGAUGAAGGAGGAAAUGCACGCUCACAUGGACAUCACAGAAGAUCUUACCAACCGAGCUCGUGGAAGCAACAAGGCCUACCUCACCGCCGUCAACGAGGUGUCCGCGGAGCGUUUGAAGAUCAGGCGAGAAGAGCAGGAGGCAAAGAAACGAACGGCGGAGGGGAAGAAGGAAGCAGAAGGGGGCUCCGUAAACACGACCGAGCUCCCGACACAGAAAAACAAAGUGGAGGACGGCGAGCCCACAGAAGACACUAGUUCACAAGCAGCUACCGCUCAGCCUCCUGCAGAGGAGACACGCGUGUCCGAUUCCUCUGCCUCCCAGGACGCAGCUGCACCCAACACUGAAUCUCUAGAGCCAAACAAUGAAACGGCUCAAACUGAGAACCACGAGGACUUAACUCAACUGGCAACAAAGGGACAGACAGACGAGCAGCAGAAGUCUGAGUCCACAUGCGAAGACGCAGAAGGUGAUGAAUCGUCGUCACCGAGCCGAAACAAAUCACACGAGCGGCCGUGUCAGCUAGACGCGCCCAGCGACGGGGACCCGCUCUCUGCACCCAGGGGCCUCAAGAAGGUGGAGCCCCCCGAUCUGGCCGACAGGUCCUCCCGGUCCUCCUUUACCAGCCAGGAUGGGACCGAGGACUAUAAUGAAAGGAUGAAGAAGGAGAGCGGAGCAGGACACGAACCGAAAAAUCUAAUACAGAAAGGCAACGAAGGGUCGUCUCCCACUGCCAACACGUCGCUCCUCACCUUCCUGAAAAGGGACCUGGCGGUGAAUUUGAACAACCUGUUCAAGCUGGGUCAGGAGGGCAAAUACAGGGUAUACCAGAACCAGUACAGUACCAACACCUUGGCGCUCAACAAGCAUCAGCACCGCGAGGACUACGACAAGAAGCGCCACCUCUCGCACAAGUUCAGCCUGACCACGGCGUCCGAGUUCAAGUGGAACGGCUCCAUCCACGGGGCGCGGAGCCUGACGGUCGCCACGCUGCGCCUCACCAUCAUCCAGCUGGAAACCAACGUCCCCGGACCGUUCAUGCACCCCAACUGGGCGUCGCACAGGACCAACUGGAACAAAGCAGUACAGAUGUGCAGCAAGGCCAGGGAAUUUGCUCUGGCCUUGGCCAUCCUGGAGUGCGCAAUCAAACCGGUCGUCAUGCUGCCCAUCUGGAAGGACUCUCUCGGCCACACGAGAAUGCACCGGAUGACUUCCAUGGAACGGGACGAGAAGGAGAAGGUGAAGAAACGAGAGAAAAAACUUGAGGAUGAAGAGACUUUGCAGCAGGCGACGUGGGUGAAGUACACCAUCCCCAUCAAACACCAGGUGUGGAAGCAAAAAGGGGAAGAGUACAGAGUAACAGGAUAUGGUGGUUGGAUCUGGGUCAGUAAGACGCACGUGCCGCGCUUCGUUCCAAAGCUGCCGGGGAACACAAACGUAAACUACCGCAAGGAAAUGGAAGCUAAAUCAAGAAAAAGUGCAACAGCUUCCAUGAAAACUGAGGAUUUAAAAGAAACUGAGAAGCAGGUUCCUGAGAGUGCAGAGGUCAAGGAGCAGGAACCCGACUCAUUGUCCCAGGAUGCAUCUGUGGUUAAUGGCAGCCAACCCCUCGGCAACAACGUGGAGGACAUUUCUGUAAAAGAUGAGCAAUCAAAACCUGCUGGUGAAGAGAAAGAGGAGGAAAAAAUGGAUGUCGACAAGAAAGAUGAAGUCGAAAGCAGCUGUCCUUCCCUGGCUACCGCAGUAAGGGAAACAUCACAGGCACCGGAAGAACCCAAAACCGAGGAGAUCCCCGCUAAAAUCUUCUACGACGUCGUGAACGUCAGCGAGGGUUUCCAGCUGCGAACAGCCUACAAGAAGAAAGUAAAGCCGUCCAAACUGGACGGGUUGCUGGAGCGGCGGGUCAAGCAGUUCACCCUGGAGGAGAAGCAGAGACUCGAGCGGAUGAGGCAGGCAACCCUCCUGUCAAAGACGACGGCCGCGAAACCCGCCGCCGGCGUCAAGAUGGAAGGAACGGCAAACGCCAAGCAGCAGCUGGCUCUGCCCUCAAGCGUUAAAACGGAGGAGAAGGAAGAAAACCUACGAGGGCCAGAUCCUGUCGUCAAAAAGCUCGACUUUGAUGAGGAGAGCACAAACUCAAAGGCGGACGUCAAAUCUGAUUCCGCCAUGUCCGGCCAGAGUAACUUGGCCGAGGCGAAGGCCGUUGACUCUCAUAAGGAAGUGAACGGAGAGCCGGAACUCAACAGCAUCAACAGUCGUCUGCUGGAGACGACGGGGAACAACGAAAUAAAGAGAAUCGGAGAGAAUGUCAAGAAGCGGGGGUACGAAGAAGUGGAUCAAAGCAGCGGACAAAUGGACUCGGAAAGCAAAAGUAGUCUUUCACAAAUAAACGGCAAAACCGUCUCCGCAGACUCCGCCUCUCCGGUCCAGGGCGACAAGUCGGAUCCCGAGAAAGAGCCCGUCAAGUCUUUGAUGAACGGGAACCUCUCACGAAACGAUCUGUCCAGCGUAGCACACCCGCCACCACUGAAAGUCCCCAAAUUGGAGAACCACGUUGAGGACAAGGCAGAGUCUCUGAACAGCGGUGAUUAUUCAGCCGUAACGAGUGAGGGGUCGCUGCCUGUCAAGCUGGAAUCGUCCAGUACGUCUUUCCACAGCAGUAGUACUACAGACAAUUGCACAUCUAGAGAGGAUGUAAAGACCUCAAUCGCUAACGACUCCUCAAAGGAGCCUCAGAAAUCUUCUAUGCACGACACAUCCAACAGCUCCAGUAAAACUCCCUCAGCAGAAAGUAGCUCGGUUUCCUCCGAUACCGUUUCUGCUACCCCCCUACUGGGCCUAGCGGCACCCGUCUCCCUGAGGAGAAAACCCAGCGAUGCCAAAACCACUGCGCCCGUCUCCACGACGGCUGGCUCCAUGACGAUCAGUAAAGAAUACUCCACAAGAGACAGGGUCAGCUUGCUGCGGUUCUCCAAGUCCAAGAAGGCGCGCUCUGGCACGGCGCUGCCGUCCUACCGCAAGUUUGUCACCAAGAGUAGCAAGAAGAGCAUUUUUGUACUGCCUAAUGAUGACCUGAAGAGGCUGGGGAGGAAGGCGGGCAUCAAGGAAGUGCCCAUCUUCAGCUACAAUGCCAAGCCGGCCACCGAUAUCUGGCCCUACCCUUCGCCUCGGCCCACCUUUGGGAUCUCAUGGAGAUACCGUCUUCAGACUGUGAGGUCACUGGCAGGCGUUAGCUUGAUGCUAAGGCUGCUGUGGGCCUGCCUCAGGUGGGACGACAUGGCUGUGAAGCCUUCUGCUGCGGUGGGAACGACUCGGAAAGAAACUACAGACACAGACAUAAUCACGACAGAGAUUAUUCGACGGAGGGACGUCGGGCCCCAUGGCAUUCGCUCAGAGUAUUGCAUCAGGAAGAUCAUCUGCCCCAUCGGAAACAGGGACACUCCCAAAGAAACUCCAACUCCUCAAAGGAAAGGUCUGCGCUCGAGUGCCUUGAGGCCUAAAAAGCAGGAGCCGGCCAAACAGACGGGGCCUAUCGCUGUGGAGACGUGGGUCCCUGAGGAGGAGCUGGAGCUUUGGGAAAUAAAAGCCUUCGCAGAGAGAGUGGAAAGAGACAAGUCACAAGGCUUAGAUCCAUCCAAAACCGGCGGGACUCUGAAGACCGCAGAGGAAGUGAAGGCCCAUUUGGAGAAUCAGCUGAAGCAGGCCAGACUGGCGGCCCAGCAGAAACGUCUCGAGCAGCAAAAACUCAGCACAACCGCCACUACUGCCACGACCACCACCACCACCAGCACAACCGCAGUCAGCGCUCCCAGUACACCGACCUCCACCGGCCAGAGGAUGAGUCCAAUGACAUCUGGAGCCAAGAUGGUCCUGGCCUCCAAACUGGGCUCCCCGGCUCCCUUCCAGCAGGACAAGAACUUCCACCAGUCCUUCGCUUCCUGGGUGAAGCAGGGCCAGAACAACAGCAGCAGCAGCUCAGCCUCGGCGGCCACGGCGGCCGGCAGCAUUGUCGCCGCCUCAGAGCAAACCUUCCAGAUCGCUGGCGGCCCAGUGACUGUGGCCGGCCACGUCCUCGCCACCAAACUGCCGCUGCCCGCUAACAGCAAGAUUGUCACACUCAAUGUGCCUUCUACUCAAGGAGCAGGUGUAGUUCAACAGAAGGUUCUGGGCAUCUUCCCUUCUGGACCUCCAGCAAACCUCCGGACGUACAGCACAUUACAUCCAACAACUGGGAACAUCAACCUCAGAGCCGCAACCUCCAGCAUCCAGCAAAAGGCCACAACAACAGUAAGCCAGACACCCGGUGCAACAGGGAACCAAAUGACUUCAACAACGGUUCGAAUUCCAGCAGCAGCUCAGCAAGGUCAGCCGACUGCAGUCCAGAUGGGUCACACUCAGCCUGCAGUCACAGCCGCCUCCGGUAUGCCUUCCGCUCCCAGAACUGCAGGCCUGCCAGCCUCUUCGGGUCCAGUCACCACGACUCCCGGACAGGCCCCGAGGCCGCAGCAGGGCCAAGUAAAACUCACCAUGGCUCAACUCAUGCAGCUGACGCAGAGCGCACAGGGGGGGAACCCGGGUCUGACUGUGGUGAUCCAGGGUCAAGGCCAGACCCAGGGACAGCUUCAGAUCAUCCCGCAGGGUGUUACGGUCAUCCCCGGACCCGGUCAGCAGCUAAUGCAGGCAGCCAUGCCCAAUGGACAGAUCCAGCGCUUCCUCUUCACUCCCAUGCCCCCGUCGUCAACCGUUUCAACUUCAUCCCCCAUGAACGCUACCCCUACAAAGCCCACCACAACUCCAAGCCCUCAAACCCUAACAUCUUCUCCUCCUCAAGUGCGAGCCGCAGCCCAAGUCCAGACGACUCCAUCAGCCUUAGCCCAAACGCAAAUGACCGCGCCUCUUCCUGCCCCUACACACGUCGGGAGCCCCUCACCAAAGCCGAGCUGUGCCCCCAGCCCAGCUUCUGUUCCUGGCCAGAACCAAGUCACGUCCCCUGUGACGCCUACACCUCAAGCCUCUCCACAAGGACACAUUACAGCUGCUUCAUCCGUCCCCGCACAGGCACAUAUGUCUUCUCCAGUGCCUUCUUUAGCACAGCCUUCCACACAGGUGUUAACCCCCCCGCCAUCAGUUGUUGCACACCCGCAAGUGGUGAGAUCUGUCGGUGACUCUCCACAAAACCUCAACCCAAGUUAUAAACCAGGCUUCUCCUCCACCCCCACACAAAUCCAAGCCAUCCCUCAAACCCCAAUCUCCACCCAUACAGCAGGUUCACCUCCAGCACAAACCCAAACUGCAAGUUCCCCUCCCAUACUGGGACACACUGCUCUCCAAACCCAAGUCCAGUUCCAGCCCCAGUCUGUCUGCUCACCUCCAGGCUUGACCUCAACCCACCUCCAGAUGCAGACCUCGAGUCCCGUGUCUGCUCCAGUGUCGGUCAGGCCAGCUGUCCAGGUCUCACCCCAGGUUCCCGUUUCUGCCUCGCUACCUUCGCCUGUCCAAAUACCAAUGCCGGCCCUGGCGCCCGUCUCAGCUCCUGUUAUAGCUGUCGUGUCCACCCAGGUUUCCAUCCCUUUCCCAGCCAAAGCUCCAACCCAAAUACAGGCCGCACCUUCUGCGCCCCUUCAUGCAGCCAUGGCAAGCGCUGUUGUCACACCUGUCACAGCCACGUCUACCAUACCUUCAGUGGCAGCUCUGAUAGAACAGAGGGCAGCUCAGCCCAAAAACUGGACUCCAUCAUCGUCUUCGCAGGCUCCAGCUCAGGCUGUAACUCCAGUCACACCACCCGCCAUGGCCUCCGUUCCUUCGUCUGCUCCCGCACCAGUCUCCAUUCACUCGCCCAUCGCUCCUUCGCCUCAGACGUCUCAGACUCCACACUCCCAAGUGCUGGUCCAGCAUCCUACCAUUGUAUCUGUGCAGCAGGUGUCCCACGUGGCAGGAUCAGCGGUGCAGGUCAGCAUGAAGGGGUUACCCGUUUCCUCCGUUGUGUCCGCCGUAAGGCCCGCGCAGAUCCAGACCUGCAGCCAAGUCCAGCAGAUUCCACACCUCCAGCCUCAAAUUCAAGCUCCAAUUCAGUCCCAGAUCAGAGUUCAGUUCCAACCGCAGGCUCAAAUACAGCCACAAACACAACAAUCGCCUCAACCCCAAGUGCAACCCCUUACUCAGGUUCAGUCCCCCCCCAUGCAGCUCCAGGCCAGGACGCAGCCUCAGUACCACCCCCAGGUUCAAGCUGCGUUUCAGACGCAACCUCAGCCGACGCAACAGCCUCUGAUUCAGUCGCAGCCUCCGGCGCAACCUCAAGCCCAGACUCCGCUUCAGCCGCAGCAGAUCCAAACCCAACUCCACACCCAGGUCCAGAUCCAGCAGCAGCAGCAAAACCAGAUUCUCGCCCAAAGUCCGCAGAAACCCCACGUCCACGUUCAAACCCAGGUCCAAACUCAGCCUCAGUUUCAGGUGCAGUCGCCGCCACCGACCCAAGUCCCCCAACCGCUGCAGGUCCAGCCCCACGGCCAGGUCCAAGCUAAGCUCCAGGUCCAGUUCCAGCCUCAGAGCCAGCCUCAAGUUCAAGCGCAGCCUCAGUUGCAGGUCCAGUCUCCCAUCAGGCACCAGCUCAUCACCGUGUCGGGCCUCCAGCAGCCGGUGCAGCUGCUCUCCGCCCUGCCGCCUCACGUCGCCGCCCAGAUCCAAGCCCAGAUCCAGGCGCAGGCUCAGCAGCAGGGGGGCACGGUCCCCCAGCAAAUCAAGCUGCAGCUGCCCAUCCAGAUCCAACAGGCUGGGGGCCAGAUCCAAGCCCACCAGAUCCAGAACAUGGUGACCAUACAGGCACCAGCGAGCAUUCAGGAGCAGCUUCAGAGAUUGCAGCAGCAGCAGCAGCAGCAACAACAGCAGCAGCAGCAGCAGCAGCAGCAACAACCACCAAAGAAGAAGAAACAUAACGAGGCUAAAAGGGAACCCAAAGACCAGAACCUGCAUGUCAUUAGUCCUAAAGAUGGCAUUCAGAAACCGAUGGCAGUAAAGCAAAAUGCUUCAGCAGAACAACUAAAACAAAGGAAGAGCCUGGCUGCAGCAGAGCGGGAGGAGAACCAGAGAAUGAUCGUGUGCAACCAGGUGAUGAAGUUCAUCCUGGACAAGAUUGAGAAGGACGAGAAGCAGGCUGCGAAGAAAAGGAAGAAGGAGGAAGUGGUUGAGCAGAAGCGCUCCAAGCAGAACGCCACCAAGCUGACCGCUCUGCUGUACAAGCACAAAGAACAGCUGAAGGCCGAGAUCCUGAAAAAGAGGGCGCUGCUGGACAAAGAGCUGCAGCUGCAAGUUCAGGAGGAGCUGAGGCGGGACCUGGCCAGGCUGCAGAGGGAAAAGGAGAAGGCGCGCGCCGCCAUCGCCCAGGCCGCCGCGGCAACCAUCAAGGCAGCCUCCUCCCACCCGUCACACCUCGCCCACACGUCGCACUCCUCUCACAGCUCCCAAUCCUCCGCGUCCUCGUCCCACAAGCGGAAGCGGGAGGAGGAGCGGGACAAGGACAAAGGCAGGGACAGGGACAGGCACCACGAGAAGAACAAGAAGCGGGACCGGGAGAAGGACAGGGAGCGACACCGAGACCGGGACAAAGAGCGGGAGCGCGAAAGAGAGCGCGACAGACACCGGGACAGAGAUCGGGACAAGGAAAAGGAGCAGGACGGCGACGCGGAGCAGGAUUCCGGCUCGCUGAAACACAAGAAGAAGAAGAAGAAGCUGUCUUCUACCUCAAAGGACCACAAGAAGGACACCAAGCUGUACUGCAUCUGCAAGACGCCGUACGACGAGUCCAAGUUCUACAUCGGGUGCGAUCUUUGCUCCAACUGGUUCCACGGCGCCUGUGUGGGAAUCACGGAAAAGGAGGCCAAGAAGCUGGAGGACUUUGUGUGUAACGACUGCAAACGCGGCCAGGAGGGGCAGAGCAACGAGGAGCUGUACUGCAUCUGUCGGACGCCGUACGACGACACGCAGUUCUACAUCGGCUGCGACCGCUGCCAGAACUGGUACCACGGGCGCUGUGUGGGCAUCCUGCAGAGCGAAGCCAAUCACAUCGACGUGUACGUGUGUCCGCAGUGCCAGUCCACGGAGGACGCGAUGACGGUGCUGUCGCCGCUCACCGACAGAGACUACGAUGGGCUGAAAAGAAUAUUACGGUCAUUACAGUCUCACAAAAUGGCGUGGCCUUUUCUCGAGCCGGUGGAUCCCCACGAUGCACCGGAUUAUUACCGCGUGAUCAAGGAGCCGAUGGAUUUUUCCACAAUGGAAACCCGUUUGCAAAAGCGACAUUACCAGAAGCUCACAGAGUUCGUGGCGGACGUGACCAAAAUCUUCGACAACUGCCGCUACUACAACCCCAACGACACGCCCUUCUUUCAGUGCGCCGAGGUGCUCGAAGCCUUCUUUGUACAGAAGCUGAAAGGUUUCAAGGCCAGCAGAUUGUCUGAUUCUUAAGUGUGCCAGUCUAGCUGGAGUCUGGACUGGAUGCUGGGGGGUCUCUCUGUUGACACUGAAAUAAACAAACAAAAAGAAAUGAA